CAAAAUGAUUAUUAUCAUCAUAAAUAUAAGCUACAUAUAUUUUCAAAGGAUAUAGAUUCUUUUUGAAUUUUUAAUACACAUGUCAUCAUAAUAUAUCUCUAUUAUAUUUUAAAUUAUUUAAAUAUAGGAGCAUAUAUUGACAUUUGAUACUAACAGCAUGAUUCUUGUUCUUGAAGUACCUUGCCAUCUACGCAUCUCUUGUAUUUAACACGCAUCAAAAUUCAAUACAUUUUUACUUCUCCGAUCGAUCAACCUGCUAAACACCCGAUUUCCGAAAACUAUACAAAUCAAUUUUUGAUCAUAAACAUACAUGGAAAUAUCACAAAUGGUGACAGAUGGAUCAGAUGAAGCAUUAAUCGGACUUCCACCUGGAUUUCGGUUCCAUCCAACCGAUGAAGAAAUCGUCACUCAUUAUCUUACACCCAAAGUUCUCGACCGAAGUUUCAUCGCUAUCCCCAUCGGCGAAGCUGAUCUCAACAAGUCCGAGCCAUGGGAGUUACCUAAGAAAGCUAAGAUGGGAGAGAAAGAAUGGUUCUUUUAUUGUCAAAGAGAUCGGAAGUAUCCGACAGGGACAAGAACAAACCGUGCGACAGAGUCUGGUUACUGGAAAGCGACCGGAAAAGAUAAGGAGAUUUUUAAACCGGAAGGAGAAUUGGUAGGAAUGAAGAAAACGCUUGUGUUUUACAAAGGGAGAGCUCUUAGAGGUGAGAAGACCAAUUGGGUGAUGCAUGAGUUUAGACUUGAAGGCAAAUUUUCAUAUUACAACAUGCCUACAUCUUCUACACAGGAUGAAUGGGUAGUUUGUCGCGUUUUUCACAAAAGCACGGGAACACAAAGAAGCGUGGUUUCAGAUCACAGGUUGAACACUUUUGUUGAAGAGCUCUUAAACACUCAAUCACAAUUGCCUCCAUUGAUGGAUCAUUCGGGUUUGAACUUUGACCCGGGCUUCACUAGUAGCCAUUCUUACUUCUCUAAUGACCAACAUGAAAUACUUCAGAAAGAAGAAGAUUAUAAAAAUAUAUUUGUUUCUUCUUAUAAUUACAAAUUCGACAAUGACACGUAUCAAGCUAGUUCAUCCAUGAGUGAACACCAAUACGUUGGUGAGAAUGCAAAAUGUCUUCCAUCCGGAUCAACCCUUUACUUGCCAAAUAAUGGCGUUAAGAUAGAGAAGAAUAAUGCUUUUGGCAAGCGUAAGAUGGAGCAUCUUAUUCCAACGUUUAACCAAGUUAGGAAGAUCAACGUGUCAAAUGAUGUCAAAAUAAGCAAUGACAUGACUAAUAAUGAGACAUCGUCGACAUCCAUGUUAUCGGAACAUAAUUUGAGAACUAGGGAAUAUUACAAUGAUGACGACGAUGAUAACGACCCAUCUACGUUCUCAGAAUUGGAUUCUUUGCUGCAAUAUUAAUCUAGUUAUUUUUUUAUUUUUA